AUGUUAAUUUUAUGCUACAAUUUGGGAACCAAAUUAAAGCUGGUGUAUAAUUUUAAUUUUUUUUUUCUUCUUCUUCUUCAGGAAAUCAACAAGUCAGCUGAUAUUAAAGUCAGGGAUUUACAAAUUGUUGACAAAAAAGAUGUAGAUAAACUGAAGGAAGGUGAAAUAGAGAAAACAAAAACGUGUUCUGCCCUGUGCUGGUCUAAAGAAUCUCUCUCCGAAGAACAACUUAACAAGCUUCAGGAAGUCAAGGAUCUUGUCAUUUAUCAAAAGACUCCCAUUCGAGUCCUACACCGGCGCCCUCUGGCGACAAGGGAGAGAAUCGUGUACAGUAUGUCAGCGGAGAAAAUAGAUGACCUUCAUUUUACCUUGAGUCUCUCAUCACAAGCGGGCACCUACAUUAAGGAUUUUGUUCACGGAGAUUUCGGGAGAACCACUCCAAACCUAGGAAUCUUGACUGGGGUGGAGUGUGAUAUACUGGAACUCUAUGUACAGAGUGUUGAGUUGGAUUGGCCUCCAAGCUUAGAAGCAAGCUGACAGAUUCCUGUAUCCUAGACUGAAUAAAAU